AUGACAGAACAACAAGAAGAACCAGAAGAACAACAACAACAACCAUUGUUGCUGAAUACUACGAAAGUUGUCGAGUAUUUGGAACCAUUCAUGUCAUUAGAGCUUCUCUGCAAAUUCCCAGACAACUCUGCUUAUGACUUUGACUACUCUCAAAGCACAAUCUGGUCCCCUUUAGUUCCUAGACCCUACUCUCCCAUGGAUUUGGAUCUCAUCACUCCGAAGAAACUUUCCUAUGACUUUGCCAUAGGAGCUAGAUGCAGUGUCAACAAGGUUGGUUCUAAGGUUAGCAAGAAAUUCAGUUCUAGUUCCUUCAAUCUCAAAUUUGAUUUCGUUAAGAAAGUUAAAAACAACAAGAAGGUGGCUUCUGAUUUGUUGCCAACACCUCCAAGGGUCAAAUGUGCAUGGAAUCCCAUCAUCAAUAAUAAGCAAUGGGGCAGGGCAUUGAAAGCUGCCACAAAACAGUUCAAGAAAUGGAAGGUGAAGAGAGACCCCGUAGCACAUGUGAUGCUACAGAAGUCUUUCAAAGAUGGAGAUUUUUAA